UUGACUGCAACGCACCAGAAGCGGUACCUUGGGAGGUCCGCGAGAGUGGCGGAGACGUGUCUGUGCGUGAGGCGCUGGGACCCCUUGCCCAGGGUUCUGAGUUAGGAAGGCAGCCGCUAGGCACCCCCACCCAUAUCCUUUGCAGGUCCAGUAGGCCUAGCAGCGUGGGGCGGCGGCGACGGCGAAGGCCGGGGCUGGGAGCAUUGGCGGCCGGGCUCCCAGCCAUGGCCGAGUCUGUGGAGCGGCUGCAGCUGCGGAUAGAGGAGCUGGAGCGGGAACUGGCCCGGGAGAGAAGUCGGCGGGCGCUGCGGGGCGGCGGCGGAGGCGGCGGCCGGGCUCGUAUCGAGAAGAUAAGCCCGGAGGUGGUGGACUCCAACCCCUACAGAAAAUCCGUACCUUUGCUGUUAGCAAUUGUAGGUGUUGGUGGAGUUGGCAGUGUGACUGCUGAAAUGCUGACAAGAUGUGGCAUUGGUAAGUUGCUCCUCUUUGACUAUGACAAGGUAGAACUGGCCAAUAUGAAUAGACUUUUCUUCCAACCUCAUCAAGCAGGAUUAAGUAAAGUUCAAGCAGCAGAACAUACUUUGAGGAGCAUUAAUCCUGAUGUUCUUUUUGAAGUACACAACUACAAUAUAACCACAGUAGAAAACUUUCAACAUUUCAUGGAUAGACUAAGUAAUGGUGGAUUAGAAGAGGGAAAGCCUGGUGACCUAGUUCUUAGCUGUGUGGACAGUUUUGAAGCUCGAAUGACAAUAAAUACAGCUUGUAAUGAACUUGGACAAACAUGGAUGGAAUCUGGGGUCAGUGAAAAUGCAGUUUCUGAGCAUAUACAGCUCAUAAUUCCUGGAGAAUCUGCUUGUUUCGCAUGUGCUCCCCCACAUGUAGUUGCUGCAAAUAUUGAUGAAAAGAGUCUGUAACGAGAAGGUGUUGGUGCAGCCAGUCUUCCUACCACUAUGGGUGUGGUUGCUGGGAUCUUGGUCCAAAAUGUGUUAAAGUUUCUGUUAAAUUUGGGCACUGUUAGUUUUUACCUUGGAUACAAUGCAAUGCAGGAUUUAUUUCCUACUAUGUCCAUGAAGCCAAAUCCUCAGUGUGUUGAUAGAAAUUGCAGGAAGCAACAGGACGAAUAUAAUAAAAAGGUAGCAGCACUGCCCAAACAGGAGGUUGUUCAUGAAGAGGAAACGAUAACACAUGAAGACAAUGAGUGGGGUAUUGAGUUGGUAUCUGAGGUUUCAGAAGAGGAACUGAAAAAUUCUUCAGGUCCAGUUUCUGACUUACCUGAAGUAAUUACAGUGGCAUAUACAAUUCCCAAAAAGGAAAACGAUUCUGUACCUGAGGUAACAGUGGAAGAUUCUGGUGAAAGCUUGGAAGACCUCAUGGCCAAGAUGAAGAAUAUGUAGAUAACAGACUAGCCUAUAUGUUAUUUCCUGUGUUUAAGCCUAUUCCCUUCAACUGAAAUCAUUUCAGAACUGAAAAUAACUUAGGGCAACAUUAAGUGAUGUGUACUUUCCAUGGAAUUAUUGUACUUUUUGAAAGUACCAUGACUGUUCCUUGUUGCUUUUCAGCCUUUAGCUAAAUCAACUAAGUAACUCUCCUAAAACUCAUGUGUUAUUCCAUUAAGGAAACUUAAAGGGAUUAUUGUAAGCAGUUAUAAAUCAUAUUGAAAAUUUAGCCAUUGAAAUGUUUUGGCCUUUUGGGAGGGUUGGGAAGAAAGGACCAAAUUGAUGCUGUACCCCUUUUAUUUCCAAUAAUCUUUGUGGCCUAUUGUCUGAGGCCAUGGGCAAACAGUAGUUUGUAGUUCUCAGAUACAGGGAAAAGGACUAGAGGCCCAAAGUAUUGAGUAGAGCUGGCCGGCAUCUACUCAUGUUUGGAAUUGCUCUGUACAAGAAAACUGUACACUAUUAGAUUGGCCAACAAUGAAUUUAAAAUCUUUUAACUUAAAAAAAUAUAUAUCCUCUUAAAUAGUUCCUAAUGAAAUAUAAGCUGAAAUGUAGUCAUUGGAAUAAUUUGUAAACUCGUGAAUUAUAUAUUCAAAACAAGACAAUGGCAAAUAAAAAGAAGCUUUCUUCAUGAACAGACAGAUAAAGGUACUUUGAGGAAGUACUAGUUGUAUUUUUCCACUAAGGAAAAGAAAUUAAUCUGUGGCCUAUAUAUCUGCUCUCCUGCAGCCAUGCAGCCAUGUAGCCAUGUAGCCCAGAGCACUAGGUGGAGCUCUUUAUUAUAUAGCAUCAAUUAACAGUGUAUUGUCCAUAUGUGUAUAGUGAGCAAGCCGACCAGGGCCAGGUGAGAAUCCUGGCCAUAGGAACCUUCACUUUAUCCACAACAUGAGAGAAUCUUGGGUAUUAAAAUUGAAGAUUUUAUUACAUGUAAAUACAUAAGUGGUACAAAAUAUGGCAAUAAGUAUGAGACCUAUAAAAAUAUUUCAUUUUUUAAAAAUUUAAUUUUUAGUAUCUGAUGGCAGACUUAAUUUGAGUUUGAAAUAAAUGAAGAGACAGAUUUAGGCCAUUUAAGAGAGAAAAUGGAGGAGAAUGUGAUGUUCAUAUUUGAGGAAAAGCUAAAGUUUGCUAUAGAUCUUGACUUGUUACUGCAUUAGUGAUUUCAGACAUGAUGUAGCUACAUACACAGUAAAACAGUGUACAGUGUAGAGCAUGGAAAGCAGAGGGCUUGGUCCAAUCUGCUUAAAGAAAAGGAAAUUUUUUUUUUAAUGUAGCACAGAUUCCUAUUACUAGUUCAUUUUACAGAAGAAUAAUUGAAGCCUUUCAUAAACAUUAUCCCUUUAUUCCUUGAAACUUUUUUUUGAGGUAGAGAAUUGGGCCAGGCUAAGAGCAAGAAAACGAAUGGUGAGUGUAAAGGAGCUCUUGAGAGAGUAAAAGAAUCAUGGAAUUCUUGAACUCUUUGUCUGCUCUGCAGCUUUUGUUGAAGAGACCAAUGCACUCUUUGUGACCAACUCUUCAUGUUGUCUUAGGAUUCUAAUGUGUCUGUAUCCUUGUAUUCCAUACAAUAGAAAAGUUAAUUCUUUUAAGCAACUAAAAACAGACACAAUCAUGACUCAGACUUCAAUGUGGCCCAAUAAAAUUUCAUAAAAAUAUCGGUUAAGUCACACAAAGUAAAAAUAAAUUUUCUUAAAAACAUUUUCAAAAUAAGAUUCUAAUGUUCCAAACUUCUCUUAAUUAUCAUAAGAUGCAAUUGUAGUGAAUUUUAAUUGCUGCUAUUACCUUUGUCCUUGAUGAAGGAAAACAUUAGGAGAAUGGGUUGUUUUUAAGCUAAAUGUGUCUCCUCCAUCUGAUGACUGUAGGGAAGGAGCUUUUCCACCCAAAAGUGAUGUUUCUGCUUCUUUUUAUUUCCAUUGCCCUUUUGUAUAGUUCAGCAGCUUUUUCAAAAUCCCCUUCUUCAUAGCUUUGAGAGAAAAAAAUUCUUAAGAUGAAAAUAAAACCACUUAACAAUUUGCAGUGAUCUUAAGAGGAUACAAAAAAAUCAAGUUGUGAAUAUUUGCUUAUUUUUUCAUUUUGCUUUUUCUAAUGCAUCCAUUCAGACCAGUAA